CUGAAGAUUUGUUCUACUAACUUUUUUGGGUUCAGUUUCAUAAUUUAAACAAGAUGCAGCUCAAGGCCCCUGAACAUCAGGUUGCAGGACACAUUGCUAAAGAUGGGAAGCCUGGUCCCCUCGUAGAUGACAAAGGUCGGUUCUUCAAGCCACUUCAGGGCGAUUCUCGUGGUGAAAUUGAGGUCAAGUUCUAUGAAUCUUUCUCAUCAAACACAGAGGUUCCAGAACACAUCCGUAGAUAUUUCCCGGUGUAUCACGGCACACAAGCAGUUGAAGGUUCUGAUAAAGCAGCCAUGAUUGUGUUGGAAAAUCUUCUUGCAGAUUACUCUAAACCAUCUGUAAUGGAUGUUAAGAUGGGUACAAGGACAUGGUAUCCUGAAGCUUCUGAAGAAUACAUCCAAAAAUGUUUAAGGAAAGACACGGGUACCACAACUGUGUCAGCGGGUUUCAGGAUCUCUGGUUUUGAAGUUUAUGAUCACAAAGAAUCAAGUUUCUGGAAGCCCGAGAGGAAACUUCUUCGCAGGCUCGAUGUCGAUGGAGCGAGAUUGACUCUGAGGAAGUUUGUAUCAUCUAACUCAUUUUCAGACAUCGGCUCAAAACCUGACUCCGCUUUUGCCUCAAGUGUUUACAGCGGUUCCCACGGGAUCUUAACACAGUUGCUGGAGCUCAAGACCUGGUUCGAGAGCCAAACGCUCUACCAUUUCAACUCUUGUUCGAUUCUAAUGGUCUAUGAGAACGAAUCCAUCUUAAAGGGAAAUGAUGGUGAUGAUGCUCGACCAAAAGUCAAGCUGGUGGAUUUUGCUCAUGUUCUUGAUGGUAAUGGUGUCAUUGACCAUAACUUCUUGGGUGGUCUCUGUUCUUUCAUAAACUUCAUUCGUGAUAUUCUUCAGAGCCCAGAUGAGUCUGCAGAAUCUUAGAUUAAGUUAUUUUAGUUUGUUUGUUAUGGCUUUGGCUGAUUCCAAUUUUUGGAUAUAAACUUAUGUCUCCUUCACAUAUGUACUUGAUUACCUAAAGAGCAUAAUACAUUCGUACUCUUUUC